GCAAGAAAUUCAUUCAGUAUUCGAGAACGUGUUGUCACUUUCAAAGUAUGAUGCGGAUGAAUAUUCGGUGACGAACGUGAACUCUUCAGCUGUUUCCCGCCAAAGAUCGCCAUUACAAAACGUGAGGCGUUGCGUGUGUGGUUUGGCGUAGGAAUUUGUGAUCAAGAGGUGUAACUUUUUUCCGUUUAUUGCCACAGACAAUUGAUAGGCAACAAUAGUGUCGAUAUACGAGAUAUGUCAGUAUUUAACCGGAGUGAAGAGCAACGUUGUUUAGAAGGACUGCGACACCAAGACAAGGAAGUUAUUGGCAGUUUGUGCAGAGGCAGUGGUGCGGCGCUCUGAGCACGGAGGUGCAUCAGGCGCCGAGUAGAAUCCCGGAGUGGAGCCGGGCGCUGAGGUGGCGGCUGUUUGCAGGCUGAGCGAGCGGGCGUCGUCCCCCUGUACCAGCCACAUGGAGCAGGAGAAGCGCAUUCGGCGCGAGAUCGCCAACUCGAACGAGCGCCGCCGCAUGCAGAGCAUCAACGCCGGCUUCCAGUCGCUGCGCACGUUGCUGCCGCACCACGAGGGCGAGAAGCUGUCCAAGGCUGCCAUCCUUCAGCAGACAGCAGAGUAUAUAUACCAAUUAGAACAGGAAAAAACUAGCCUACUGUCUCAGAAUUGCCACCUGAAAAGGUUACUGAAUAGGCAGGAGGGUCAGCAUGAGCAAACUGCAUCAGUCAAGCGCAGGAAAAUUGAAUCGAGUAUGGUCGUUGUCAGUGAGUCAUCAGAUGAAGGCAUCGGUAGCAUGUCUCCAGAGCCAGCACCAGUUCCCGGAGGAGCCGCCGUUUCGGCAGCCGAAGCAAGUCGCGAACGCGACCUCAUAGAACUGAGGCUCUCUUUGGAUAGAGAGCGUAAACUUCGAAUGCGUCUAGAGGACCAAGUCCGCGCACUGGAAAGUCAGUUGUAUCCCAAACAAUUGAGGGAUCUCUCACAUCAAGUUACUCUUCACUAUCAUCAUGAAUCUCCCACCCCUCACCAGGUGGUCACCAGUGGCAGUGGCAGUGUCCCUGUUAUUGGUGCAACUAUCCAGGAUCUCCAGGAAACGGCAGCUGCUGUUGCACACCUACAAGUGGUUACUUCGCGAUCCCCGUCACCCAUCUUAGGGUUGCCACCUCCAUCACCACCCCCACCACCACCUCCAGCACCACAAGUGCGUGAACCGACACCACCCCCAACUCCACAGCCACAGAGGUUACCGAGUGUUCUGGAAGCUGCCAUCAAAGCAGAACCAAAGGUCGAAGUAGAACGACUUCCGUCACCGCCUGCUGCCUCUGAUGAUGUCACACCACAAUCCAGGCUGUAUGCUGCAAGUACAUCGAGGCAAAACCUGGAAACCAUUGUGGAAGCCAUUCGCCACUUGGAGGGUGACCAGUUCAUCAGUGACGAGCCUACGCAAGAAGCUCCUCUGGCUCUGACAACCCAUCGAACGGGUCCAACUAGUGGAAGUGCUGAGGGCUUCUUGCAUUUCCAUUCGCACCCCAUUCCAUCUCAGCCGCAGCGGCCCCUGUCGUCCACAGCUGCCUUGCAGCAGCAGCGUCCUGGUGUUAUCGUCGUAAAACAGAGCACGUGAUUAUUGCACGAGAGCUCUGUCUCGCAUGACGUGACUGGAUUUGAUUUCAGUUGAUUUUUACUUUCUUAUUAGCUUGUAACUGGCGAGGCAUUAAACUGUACUCUGAAGUUGUACUGUCUGCUUUAAGGAUUCAUAUAUAUCUAUAUGUACAUAAUAUAUACAUGUAUGUAUGUACACAUUCUGCAUACAUACCAUAGUUUCGACUGCAUUUUUAGACUGGUGUAGGAAUGUGGCAAUAUCAUUCCUUUUGCUAGGAGGGUGUUAGGGUGUAACACUCGAUGAAUCCUAGCAUGUAAUGGUGGUCUGUGUUAAAUCAAAGUGCAAACCAAGCAAUAAAACUUUGUUUUCCUUCUAAAUACUGGGUCUGACAUCAAAAUUUGCCAUAUUGAGAAGCAGAUAUUAGAGCUGUGACUGGCUUUAGUUAUCCUAAGCUCUGUGGAACCCGAAGUUGCCUCCGGUUUUCGGAUGACUGAAUACCGACUGGUCUUUUGAGUGGUAGACUUUUUUAAUUGUUUAAACUGUAGAAGAAAAUAGUAAUAGAUACAGAGAAGCUAGUAUACAGACAGUUGUGCAUUUGAAAUGCUGUAUGGCGUUGCUUGUCAAAGUAGCAGUUUUCUUUGGUGUUUCAAUUUUUGUUGUUGUAUAUAUUUGUCUCUCUCAAAGUUACAAGCAAGUAAAACAUACACUAGCCUGUUUUGUGGGCUGAAACUGAACAAACAUUUUUGAUGUUCCAUCUCAUUUGCUAUAAGUAUAUAGCUUACAUUUUUUAAACAUGUCAAUAUGUGGUAUUCUGUUGUGUUAUCUCGUUCGCUGACCCUCGCUUUUCUUUUGUACAUAAGAUUUAUUUCUUCAGCGUGAGUGUUUUGAAGCUUGCGUGUAUUUGUAUACGUCUGAGAAAUGUUGUAAGAUUUAUUUUGUUUUCUAUAAAAAUAAAAACUGCUGUAAAAUGAACUAAAACAUUGGCUGAUGGUGAUCGCCUCGUGUAUCUCAUAAGAGUAACGUUACUAAGGCUAGUUCUGUCUUUGUGUAUAUAUUACUUCUUUUGUUAGGUCAGUUUAGAAAUGGACACACAACAUGUAAGAGUGAGUGCUACGUAAAGUAUUGCGUGUGUGUUGAAAUGUUUACUUGUAGGUGUCGUUACAUAUAAGAUUUUCAAAAGGUAUAAAAAAAUAUAAAGUUCCACGUGCUUGGAACAGUACUGAUAAAUUAGGUAUUACCAUUAAGCUACUUCUUAUCAGUUUACUGCAACAUUAAGAAAAUUUUUAUUCAUUCUUUGCUUAUGUUACAUUUCUAAAUUCUGUGUUAUUGUUAAAUCAACUUCUAUUUUCAUUAAUACAAAAGACUGGUUUUUCAUUUUCAUAAUUGAAAUGUAUCAACUCAAAAGACAAGUGUCAGGGAGAAAGUUCCUUUUGUACAUUGCUGAAGGCACACGUCAUUGUAAAUUAAACAAUUUUGUAGUCUAUUGAAAAGGGAGACAUUGGUUAUUGAUUUGGUAGUAAUAUUAUUGAGAAUAGUGUUUAUGAUGCAGUUUAAUGAAUUUAUUAUGCACUCCUAGUAUAUCAAAAUUGAGGUACAAAACCACCCUUUGUUGUUUGCUUUAGAAACCAAUUAUAUCUUCAUUUUAUUUAAGUGUGUGUGUGUGUGUGUGUGUGUGUGUGUGUGUGUGUGUGUGUGUGUGUUCCCUUUGGAAUUAAAAGAAUGCUGUGCUUGGAAAAAUCUGAAUAAAUCAUUGUAAUACAUUUUUCUAAUUAGUAUUAUGUUUUCAUAAUCAUUUUGCACUACUGUGAUCUGAACCAUCAGGAUUAGUCCGAAUAAACUUUUUUCCUCAUUUGAGAAGCAACAGUUUCUUUGCAUAUUACAUCCGAAAGUCAUCUUUUCCUAUGUAAAUCUGUUUCUACAGAAUGCCAAAUACAAGAGUGAUGUUUGAUUCAUAACAGGGUUUCCAACUUUGCUCUAUGUUGUGAAUGGUAUGUUGAAUUGAGAAUUCAGGCAAUUGUGUAUUGCUCAAUGUUUGAAAAUCUAGAUACUUGUAUGGCAUUUCUGAUAUUUUUGAGAAAGCAGCAUUACUUUUUAAUUGCAUCUGAAAUACGUCUAAUGGAUUAAUUAGAAUUAGCCUGUUUUAAUCUGAACCCAAUUUUUCAUUAUGUAAAACAUGUAAAACUUCAUUCUUUUUUCUUGUGUUAUAUUGAGCCAAUUAUUCUGUAAAGCAAUUGCAGUAUGUCAUAAGCUACCGUAUUUUCUCUGAUUUUUACAUUGUAACUCAACUGAAGCAUUUGGAGUUCAUUGCAAACUGUGAAUAUGACAACAGUUGAGAAAUGUUACAUAGUUUCUAAGUCUGUAGGUACCAGUAAUUGGUUUCAUGUUGUAGAACACAUUUUAAUGCUUUUUUCCUGUUAGAAACAUUUACUCAUUAUCUUUAAAAAUUCUUGUCUGUUUUUCAGUGUAGAUCCUAAGUGCUUCUCAUUUUGAAGUGCUAAUGUUUUAUGGACAUUUAUGCAUAUAUAUCUACAUUAUCCAGAAUUAUAAAUUGCAAAUUGCUAAUGUGAUUUACAACAGUACCCUAAUUCAAAAUUAUGUAUCCACAAGGAAGCAGGUUGCCUCUUUAUUUUCUCAGUUUUGUUAUAUGUGGCUUUAGUUCAGAAUUUGGUUAUUAUUGUCAUUAAGUUUGUAAAUCUUCACACCGUCCUUGUCUUUCUUUGAUUUAUGUCUUAUUUGAGUGAUUGAAGAUCUCUGUUAAACUGAGAUGUGCAAUUCUCUUUACUUCCUAAAUUCUGGAUAUCAAGCAAUAUCCCCCCCCCCCCUCCUCCCCCAAUCAACUAGCCAUUCAGGGUGAGAGUUACAUACAUUUAAUGAUCUAUAUUUUACAACUAGUUGGGUAUUAAUUAUGUGGAUUAUUGAUAUACUUACCACUGAAACAGUUUGUCAAGACGACAGUUUUUGUAGUCACAUCAAUUUAACACUAUAUCACAGUUUCCUCUUGGUCAUUGCCACAGUUGCUUCAUUUGUUUUAAUUUUACAGUGUUUGUAACAAGCACUAAAAUUUCUUAUGAAAUUUACCUUAGAUGAUUUUAUAUACAGAUCAGAAUUCUACCAAUUUUUAUUAAAUCAUGUUUUGAUUAAGAGUCAUUUAAUUUAAAAUUGUUCAUAAAAACUGGCUUCAGUUUUGUAUUACAAGUAUUAAACAAAAG